GCGCGGGCUCCGGACGCGAGGGCUCCCGCUCCCUCCUCCCGCCGGAGCCAGCCUCGGGCGCCCGGCGCCUCCCCCGGAGCCAGCGCCAGAGCCGGGAGGCCCGGAGCGCGGCCCGCCGAGGGAGCCGCCGCCGUCGUUGUCGCUGCUGCCCGUGCCGCCACCGCCGCCAGGCCGCGCCCCGCCCCUGCCGCCGCCGCCGCCGCCGCCGCCGCCGCUCCCUGGUGAGGCUCGCGCUCGAGCUGCGGCGCCGGCCCCGCCGCCUGGGCCCCGGGCCCGGCCCCUCCCGCGCCGCCCGGGCGAUGAGAAGCUGCUUCUGCGUGAGACGGAGCCGGGACCCGCCGCCGCCGCAGCCGCCGCCGCCCCAGCGGGGAACAGACCAAUCCACCAUGCCUGAAGUCAAAGACCUUUCAGAAGCUUUGCCAGAGACGUCGAUGGAUCCCAUCACAGGAGUGGGGGUGGUGGCUUCUCGGAACCGAGCCCCAACCGGCUAUGAUGUAGUCGCACAGACAGCAGAUGGUGUGGAUGCUGACCUCUGGAAAGACGGCUUAUUUAAAUCCAAGGUUACCAGAUACCUGUGUUUCACAAGAUCAUUUUCCAAAGAAAAUAGUCAUUUAGGGAACGUGUUAGUGGAUAUGAAGCUCAUUGACAUCAAGGACACUCUGCCCGUAGGCUUCAUCCCAAUUCAGGAGACGAUGGACACACAGGAAUUGGCUUUUAGAAAAAAGAGGCUGUGCAUUAAAUUUAUCCCACGGGAUUCAACUGAAGCCGCUAUCUGUGACAUUCGGAUCAUGGGCCGGACCAAGCAGGCCCCUCCUCAGUACACAUUUAUCGGGGAACUGAACAGCAUGGGGAUCUGGUACCGAAUGGGCAAAGUACCGAGGAACCAUGACUCAUCUCAACCCACAACGCCUUCCCAGUCAUCAGCUGCUUCCACCCCGGCCCCCAACCUCCCCAGGCACAUCUCACUAACGCUCCCUGCUACCUUCCGAGGCAGGAACAGCACUCGGGCUGACUAUGAGUACCAGCACUCCAAUCUGUAUGCCAUAUCAGCAAUGGAUGGUGUGCCUUUCAUGAUCUCGGAGAAGUUUUCCUGCGUUCCAGAAAGUAUGCAGCCCUUUGAUCUCUUGGGAAUUACCAUCAAAUCUCUGGCAGAAAUUGAAAAGGAGUAUGAAUACAGCUUCCGCACGGAGCAGAGCGCGGCCGCCCGGCUCCCGCCCAGCCCCACCCGGUGUCAACAGAUCCCCCAGUCCUGAGGGGCCGGCCACCACCCUGUCCCCAUGAGGAGAAGACGCAGCUGCCCAGACUACUGAGCGCCCCUCCCUCGCCCAGGCCUUCCUGCCUACCCUUCCCUACCGGCCCACCGUGGGGCUCAUCCAGGAGACUCUGGGCAGCUGGGCUCUGACCUCCUUGGCCCGCGGCUUGCCUAACGGGACACCCCCGCCUCCCUGGGGACACUGUUCAUAAUUGCCACUAAUCUGUGUUUGCUGUAGUGACCAACGGCUCUUAACGUGUCUGUGUGACGACCGGCCCUCCUACAAAUGACCCUACCCACCCCGGGAGUCACCCCGAGGGCCCCGCACGCGUGCUGGAGCUGCCCAGUGACGCCGCCGGCUCCCUUUCCUCCUGACCUUGCCUGCCACAGAGCUAGCCGCAUCCUUCUGGAAGGCCCAAUGUGGGUGGCAACUGUGC